CCUGCGCAGGAGGCGGUGAGACCCGGUGUCGACCUUUCUACGUUGCGGGAGACUGCGGAGGUCGCCUCGGUCCGGUGCGGUCGGCUAUGGGGUCCUUGCGUAGAGCGCUCAUCGCAGUUGCAGUAGUGGGUGCGUGGGCUGGCUUGGGCUCCGCACUCUUUGUCCUCGUGACCCCGGGAAAGGAGCGAGUUCAGGCGAUGCUGAAGGAGAUGCCGGGGCAGGACCCGCGGAGCAGGGAAGAGGCGGCCGGGACCAAACAGUUAGUGCUGGCCACUCUGCAGGAGGCAGCUGCCACGCAGGAGAACGUGACCUGGAGGAAGAACUGGAUGAGCGGCGGGAAGUCAGCGUGAGCCGGGACCGAACCGGUGGGUUCUGGGCGCUCCGUUCUGGUGCUGGAGUCCGAGGCGGCCUUUGUCUUUCACGGACCUGGGGGGCAGCCCGGGUUGGGGAGCUGCCGCCGAGUGAGCACGUUCCCCCCAAGCCCUGCAGUGACUGCGCGUUCACCUUAUCGCUGGCCAGCGUCAUCGGACUUGGCGAACUGACGGAACCAGUAAAUCAUGUCCCUCCAUCCAGCGAGUGAGCGCUGUGCCGUCUGACGCCUGUAAAUGUCUAGUGUUCUGGGGGUCGGUUCUGCGGGCGGGAAUGACUGCGGCUCCUGCCUGCCCUGCUCCCCACGUGAGGCCGAAGCCCAAUAGGCACAGCGACCAUGUUUUCAAAACACAAGUCGGGUCAUGUGAUCUGUUUGAGUGUACUUUGGGGACAUUCUUGAAAUCAGAACUAUACUGGAAAAUCUUGGAGCAGCAGAGGUACCCAUUGAGGACACUUUAGGUUCCUGUCCUCCGAGGGAGGUUAGAGUGGGGCUUCUAGCACCUAACGUGCCAGACGUCUCCUGUGGCCAUAAUUUAGCAUUUGGAACCCAUUUGUUUGAAGUAGUGAAAGCGUGAUUUGAGUUAGGUCCUGAUUCAAUUCCAUCAUGUUACAAAACCUCUGAGCCUCAGUCCUGUUCUAUAAAAGGUAGUAAUUAUCUUAAGGGCUGUCCUCUCAGUAAAUAGUGGGGCUUUUCCCCCUCAAGGUUUUUACUGUAGUACUUUUACAUUUCUGAGUCCAAUCACAGGAUCUACUGGAAAUGCCACUGAAGGGAUAAGACAAAGUGAUCAGUGAGGUAAUAACCCCAUAGGCAAAUCUGUUGCUUUUGUCUAUUUUAUAUCCUUGAAAUAGGAAAAAGGCUAUUUUUCAUUAACUAAACUUAGCCAGACCACUAAAUACACUGAGGUAUAAACCCAGAUACAAGAAUUGGUUUAUACCUGUUCUCAGCUGCUGGAUGGUGAAGUUGUAUGCUGCAUACGUCAUGUAUGACCAUCACAGUUUAAUUGUGGUCCUUUCCGAGGUGAGGAAUGAGAGGUUUGAGGGAGCCCUAGGCUGCGAGUGUCAGCGGCUGUGUGACAGGCUCUGAUGAAGAUGUUGGGCAGUUCAGGGCCUGACCCCUAGAGUUGGGCUCCCCAAGCGUGUCCCGGAUCCAUAUAACCUGUGUCAGGUGGGCUAAGUCAUAUGGUUCAGUGUCCCAGUCUUUCAGAUGGGAUAGUUGUACCUAUUUGUAGCUAAUAGUGCCUUCGUAUCUCAGUUAAUGCAUAAAAAAGUCCUUUAAAAUGCAUGGGACAUACUAAGUUUUCAAUACUUUUUAGUGUAGAAAAGAUGCAGUUGUGAAGGUCACUCAUGUUCCUCAACAUUUAAGAAUGGCCACAUAAAAAAACUACCCUUUUGAUAGCUAGUAAUUACUGGGGACUGAUUUGGUUCCAGGCACUGUGCUAAAGCACCUUUUAUCUGCAUUGUGUAACUCCACAACAACCCCAGCUGACACGUACUGUCAUCUCUAUUUUACUAAAAGGAAAGUAGGCUUAGAAAAGCCAAGGCACACAACUAAUAAGGGUUUUGGGCUUACGCACUGUCUUACCCACAGGAGCGAAAGGUGCUAUCCUCUGUACUUCCCACCCCCACUACCUCUCCCCCUUCAACUUCCCAGCAAGCCAAUCAGACCUAGAGAUUAGAAACAAUUCUCUGUUAAAAAUGUUAAGAGGAGUAGUAUCUAUCCUAAAAGCAUUCCCUUUAGAUUCUUCCUCUGCGUCAGCUCGGUCCCUCCCAGCCACUGAGGAAGGAGUCCAGCAUAUAGAGAACUCAGAA